UCGAGUGACGUGCAGCGCUACGCGCAGUGUCAUCCACUGUCAUCUUGAACACUCGGAGCAAUUUGGAGUAAAUUUUGUUACGUGUUCGUACACGAGGCAGAGUACGCGAGAUUUCUGCCUUUGUCUGGCUGACACUUGGCUGAAUCGUCAGGAACGGGCAGGCCGCGUGACAUUCUCAAAUUCGAAGGAUUCGCAACAAAUUCGUAAACCUGAAACUGCUCCGAGACCCCGAGAAUCGACGAGUGCAUAACCUCCUCACUUCAAACAGUCAUCCACAGCAUGCUCCAUUUUUGACAGCCAGGUCGUAAAGUACGUCACGAUUAAUCGUAAACGUGAGGCCAAACGUCGCACGUUUAACGCGCCCCGAGCCUCCAGAUUUGUCGAUGGACUACGAGAAACAAAAGGACGAAGUCACUGCGUUGGAAAGUAUCUACACCGAAGAGGAGUUCUCGUAUCACGAGGAGAACGGCCGGUUCGAAUGCACUUUCAAAAUAUUUGUGAAUCUCCCUGCGAAAUGUCAUCUAUCGUACAAGGAUUUGAGGUACGAGGCGGAUCCGGCGCAGGAGGUGCAGAUAUCGUAUUUACCACCUUUGACGCUGCAUGUCACGCUACCGGAGGAUUAUCCAUCCACGUCUGCUCCUACGUUUAUGUUAUGCUCGACUUGGUUAAAUCCACUAGUUCUGUCUAAGCUAUGCAGAAAGCUCGACUCCUUGUGGGAAAGCAGCAAGCAGGAGAUCUUAUUUUCAUGGAUGGAGUUUCUUCAGGACAAAACGCUCAGUUUCUUGAAGAUAAAAGAUCACGUAGACAUGGAUUCCAUGUACACAUCUUACAAGAGAACGCUUGAGAAAUUGCAAGGCUCGCCAAUAAACAAGGAAGUGAGUGAACCUAACAAGCAAUGUAACAGUGGAGCCAGCAAGGAGAACGGCGUGUCGAAGAAAACUGGCGUAAUCGACAAGAGAGCCAUUCUAGAUUGUCCGAUCGGUAGAAAUCCCAUUCAAGUGUUGAUCGACUACAACGAAAAACGAAAACAAAUAGAAUUCAAAAAGAAUUUUUACACUUGUAACAUUUGCUUCACCGACAAGUCGGGGGAGCAUUGCACACAGUUUCUGCCUUGCGCUCAUACCUUUUGUAAAGAUUGUAUCAGAGGUUACUUCGAAGUAAAGAUCAAAGAUGGAAAUGUACAAAAUAUCUGUUGUCCCGAAGAGAAAUGCAAGUUUGAGGCUACACCUGGCCAGGUAAAAGAUUUGGUAAGUUCGGAGUUGUUCUCAAAGUAUGAUUCCUUAUUGUUAAGUACUACGUUAGAUACUAUGAUGGAUAUAGUUUACUGUCCGAGAAGACACUGUCAGUAUCCAGUCACUCGUGAUCCUGACGAUAAUAUGGCAAGGUGUCCCGUUUGCCAAUAUGCAUUUUGCGUUCGUUGCAAGAUGGUUUACCAUGGAAUAGAACCUUGCAAAAUUAGUUCAGCUGAAAAACAACAAUUAUUGAAUGAAUAUCAAUCAGCUAGUAACGAGAAAAAGGUUGAAAUGGAAAAGCAUUACGGCAAGAGACAGCUUCAAACGAUAAUAGAGAAUACAAUGUCCGAAAAUUGGAUUAACGAUAAUAGUCACAAUUGUCCCCACUGCAAAACUGCAAUCGAGAAAUCGGAUGGCUGCAACAAGAUGACUUGUUCGCACUGCGGCACGUAUUUUUGUUGGCUAUGCGGUACGCGGCUGAAUCCUGAAGCGCCUUACUUGCAUUACCGAAAUCCAGAAUCUAACUGUUUUAACAUGUUAUAUCGCGGGGUGAUACCCGACGAACUCGACGACGACGACGAUUUCGAUUUUCACGCCGAAUACCUGGAUUAUUAUUCAGAGGACGAAGAAUACAUUAACGAUGAAGAUUUCGUUUUGGAAUAUGAUGAUUGAAUCAAUGUUACUUAUAUACAUUCUAGUUUUAAUUUUCAAAUUUAUAUAAUUUAUAUCAUUGAAUAAUUUUUACAAAAUAUUUUAUCAUGAUUUUUUGGAACAUGAUAAUUGAAUCAAUGGCGUUUAGAGAUUUAAUCUCACUUUCAAGUUUAUAAUCGAUUUUUUACUUAAUUAAAAACUUGAUCGUGAAAUUAGAAUGAAUUUUUUACUGAAAAUGUAGUUAAUCUUCAUUAAUUUUAAAGAAUCAUGUGAAUAUUUGUAUAUCUGAGAAUUUAUCUUUUUAUUGAAAAUGGAUUGUAGUUAAUGUUCAUUAAAUAUAAAGAAUCAUGUGAAUAUUUGUAUAUGAUAUAUGCUUACAAAAUUGCUAUUGCAAAACUGAAUAAUGCAAAAUAAAUUAUUUUUUCAAUAG